UUGAAAUAUGAGAUUAUAGCAGUUUUACAGAUUAAUCAUCUGUUAUAUAACUUUUAACGUAAAGGCUCUGAGAAGUGAUAGAGUUAAUGACAUUUUGUUUUGCAUGUAUAACAUAAAAUAAGUACAUUGAUUGUAGUUCGCUCGAAUAAACACAACGUGAAGUUGUUUCAAAGUGACAAGCAAUGGCUAAAAAACUGCUAUACCCUACAAUAUUAAACCCUAAUAACUUGUUUAUAAGACCUAUAUUGAAAAAUAUUCAGGUUAAACACAUUCAUACUGAGACUCCUGUAAAAGAAAUUCAAAUUCCUGUAAAAUGGGGACACGUAGCAGCAAAAUUGUGGGGUGGAGAAAACGAGAAACCGAUACUUGCUUUGCAUGGUUGGCAAGAUAAUGCUGGAACCUGGGAUACUCUAGCGCCAAGGCUUUGCAAUAAGCGUCCCAUAUUAGCAAUUGAUUUUCCUGGCCAUGGACUUUCAUCCUGGAUUCCGGAAGGGAUGCAGUACUACACGUGGGAUCUAGCUCGCUUUAUUCUGUAUUUAAAGGAAUAUUUUAAAUGGGACAAAGCAUCACUACUGUCUCACUCUAUGGGCUCCAUAGCUGGAAUGCGAUUCGCGAGUGUUUUUCCAGACGAGGUUGAUUUUUUCAUCGCAGUCGAUAGUCUUAUUUACGACGAUUACGAUUUAAAUCAAAUAGUAGAAAAUUUCCCUAAGAUUUUACGCAAAAUAGAAAAAACUCAAUCGUUAAAAGGAGAACCGCCAAGCUACACAAUGGAAGAAAUGAUAAAAAUAUGGCAUUUAGGGACUAGGAAAUCAGUUUCUAUGGAAAGCGUUCCAUAUCUCAUUAAACGCGGAGCGAAAGCGUCAACUAUUAACCCUAAUAAGUACUAUUUUUCAAGAGAUCCUAGACUAAAACAUACUUUAUUUUGCGUUGAAGAUAAAAAAUUUGUAGAGGCACUCGUCAAAAGAUUAAAAUGCCCAACACUUUAUCUUAAAGCAAUAGAUUCGCCUUACGCUUCAGACGAGCAUUCGGUGGAAAUGCGAGAAGUGCUUGCUCAAAACAAUAGUGAAUUUGAGUGUCAUUUUUUACCUGGUACUCACCACGUGCACUUAAAUAAUUCCGAACUAGUGCUGCCUAUUAUUUUAAAAUUUUUAGAAAAAUAUAAUUUUGUCAAGUAGUUAAUACAAUUAUAUUUUUCUAAAAAUUUAAUACAGCAAAAUAAUAGUGUGAAAUGAUUUCAGUAUUUAUUUGCAACUAUUGUGAUACGAAUAUUAAUAACUUUCUAAUGGAUUAUUUAUUUUUGUAUAUUGAUAUAGUUUUACACAAAACCAAUAGUACUAUAGUUUUUGUAAACUUGCAUUUAGAAUUAAGCAAUAAAAUAAUAUUUAACAUUACAAAACAUGUGCAAUAUUCUUAGGCAAGUAUUUAUAUUAUCAAUAAAAUAAGUUAUUAAAUAUAUUAACAUGUUUAUUUUAUAUUGCAAUUUAAACAAUAACAUAAUCGUUCAUAUUCUGAUGUUAAUUUGUACCAUCACUGUCAAAGGAGACAUCUAUACUCGAAGAAUAACUAUUAGUAGAAUCACAAACAUGUGCUCCUUUUCGUACUGGCAAUACUUUAAUGAGUGCAUCUUGCCAUGACAUACCUUCACACACUCUGAGCACAAUCUCAAAUACUGUAACAAAAAUUGUUAUUUUUUUUAUUACAUAAGAUCUGACUUGAUAUACUAAAUGCCAACCUUGUAACAUUAUAUCAUUUUUUAUUUGGUAUUUUUUAUAAUCUGUCAUGGCUAAUCAUUAUUAUUAAGUCAAUUUGCUAAAAAUAUUUCAAUAAAGUGGUACUUAAAACCUUGUAACAAU